AUGGGCGACGCAUCCAUUCUCCAUAUGCCAACUGCCCUCAUCUUCGGCGGCAAUGGCAAAACCGCUCGCCAACUGACGAAGAUCCUCGUGGACGCCGAAACCCCGCAUACCGUUUUCAGCGUCAUCCGAAACUCGGACCAGAUCCCGGACCUCAAAGCAAUUGGCGCAAAGCCCAUUGUCCAAGACAUUGCGACUGGGUCGGAAGCUGACUUUAUCAAAAUCAUUGAGGGCACCAGGCCCGAUGUAGUGGUUUGGGCGGCCGGCGGCAAGGACCAACAGUCCGCCGAGGCCGUCGACAGGGACGGCGCCAUCCGCGCCAUGGAUGCCCUGGCCAAGGCCAACGUAAGAGCUAAGCGCUACAUCGUCGUCAGCGCUCUCGACGUCCGCGAUCACGACAACAAGCCCGUUCCGGACUGGUACACCGAAGCCGAUAAGAAGCUCAGCGAGCGCAUGUGGGGCAUCAUUGGCCCCAUCUUGCGGGCGAAGCUUGCGGCCGACAAGGAGUUGAGGGUGGGGAAUGCCGCCCGCCGACUCGACUACACCAUUGUAAGACCUGGUGGCCUGGGCGAGGGUCCGAGUGAAGGAAAGAUUCGUGCAGGUAAAGUGGGAACCAUUGGAAUCAUUCCUCGGGUAGAUGUUGCAAAGGUGAUCUACGCUGCUAUGCAGAACGAUGAAACUCAUGGGCUGGCGUUUGACAUUUUGGGACCCGGUGAAGGUGACUUGGGUAUCAAGGAGGCUGUUGCACGAGUGGCUAAGAAUCAUGAAGAUACCUUUGAGGGCUACUAUUAG